GGCCUCCCCUUUGGUGUUGCCUAGCGAUCAAAUACAAAAUGAAAGCGUACAUAAUUUAUAAUUUUUAGGAUACGUUACAAACAACCACUUAUUUACACUACUACUAGACCUAUCAGUGAUAAUUGAUUUGAUAAUAGAUCUAAGUGAUGAUGCGUAAACAAGACUAAUGUGGACGACUAAUAGAUCUAGAGUAUUCUAGACUAGAGAGUCUAGCCUACUUAUUAGUCUAAUAAGUAGAUAAGAGUAUUCAGUAUGACUGCCGAUGUAAUGCAUCAACUUAAUACAGCGUCUAUUUUUCAAGAGAAGGAUGACACUGGCAACAUUCCAAACCAGCAAGAUGUUGUGACCAUAGAUUAUAAAACAGGUGCUAAAUUUGAAGGCAAAGUGACCAAUUACAAGCGUGUAGGAAGUGGUAUUUUUACAUGGCCAAAUGGAUGUAAAUAUGAAGGACAAUAUAGUGACAACUUUCGUCAAGGGAAAGGAAAACAAACUUGGAGUGAUGGUACUAUUUACACUGGGGAAUUUCUAAAUGAUUUAAGGCAUGGAGAAGGGAAAAUCAUAUGGUCUAAUGGAGAGAGUUACGAAGGAAUAUUCUUCAAAGACAGGCGUCAUGGGAAAGGCACAUAUCGGUGGCCAGAUGGUUCUGUAUAUACAGGAACAUUUUACAUGGACCAAAAAGAAGGAUAUGGAACUUUUACAUUUUCUGAUGGGAACAUAUUUCAGGGCUUGUACAAAGAGGAUGAGAGAGAAGGUCCUGGUGUGAUAACUUAUGGAAAUGGUCAACAAGAUGCUGGUCUGUGGAUGGCUGAGAAGAUGAUUAAGUUUUGUUCACCAAUUACUGGUGCUUUUACCAUUAAGUCACACCAAGAAUUGGAAUACAAUGAGGAGGAGAAAUAUAUCUUCAUAGACCUUGCAGAAAAAGACUAUCCUCAGGUUCCUAUAGACCACAUUCUCAACCCACUCUCACCAAUGGACUAUGCACCUGUGACAGAUCUGAGUCAACGGGUUGAGUCACUUUACAGUGAAACACUAGACUACAGGAGCCUUGCUGUUAAUCGCAAAGCAUUUGACUCUGAGUUUUUCAAGACUUUUAAUGGUGUUCUGGACAUAGAGGGUAAGAUCAGAGCAUGGAAUGGCACUCCAAGAAUGAUGCAACUACAGAAACAUGCUCACAGACAUUCUCUUGGGCAGUCCACUGUGGAUUUUGAUGUGGAUGCUGUUCUUAAGAUGGACAGAAGAAAGUUUCAAGACAAGGGACCCAUAGAGCUUCAGUCAGAAGAGCUAAUCACUGCAGCUAUGAGUGGAGACACACGAAAAGUAGAGCUGCUACUAGCCUCAGGAAAAGUGCAUCCUGAUGUUUCAGAUUGUUCUGGUCAUACAGCUCUCAUUGGAGCUACAGUCAACUGGCAUCUGGAUGUUAUCAACAUUCUUUUAAACCAUGGAGCCAAUGUCAAUAAACUGAAUGAUGAAGGCUGUUCUGCCUUUUCAGCUGGGAUCAUUUUUUAUUACCCCAUUGAAGGAUUCAUCUACAACAUAGCUGAAAAGGCCAUGAAGCCAGUCCAAGAAGUUCAGAGUGUAAAGAGAGAAAAUCAACCAAAGAGUAUUCUGACUAACACCAGAGAGCGUAGAGCUAGCAAACUCAAUCAGAUCAAUCGUAUCAGGUCCCAGUCCACAGUGUCAGUACCGAAUAAUCUGGCCCCAGCAUCAGAUGGUGAGAUCUCCAUCAAAUCAUCAUCAAGAAAAAUUUCCUUUGGCAACCAGCUGAGUGAAACCCAAAAUUUAGAGCAAACAGAUGUUGCUGAUAGAGAAGAUGAAGAUGGGGACUCAGCUUAUGGUGAAGAUGCUGAUGAUAUUGGAGAAGCUAAUGGUGAGGAUGUUGACGAUAUUGGAGAAGCUUUGGCUGAACAAAACCCAGAGUGCAAUAAUAGCUUUGAAGAUUUUGAUUCAAACCAGAGUAUUAGAAAUUAUCAGAUUGAAGUUUCUAAAGAUUUAAUUGAAAGAUGUGCAACACAGCUUAGUCAGAAUGAACUUAUUAUCAACAGAGAGAAUUCAAAUCUUGCUGAGGAUAAAGCAAGGAAGCUAGCUAUUCAAAUAAAUGUCAAUGAAAGGAUGAAAGAGACCCUGGACUUGUUACUGAGAAGAGGUGCUGACCCAAAUGCAUCAUCAGUUCCCAUGCCUGCUUUAUUUUUUGCCAUAAAAUCAGCAGAUGUUGACAUGGUCAGACAACUGCUGAUGAAGGGAGCUAAUCCUAACACCAGCCUCAGUAAAGAGCAGGGUGGACUGUGUCCACUGCACAUUGCUUGUGCCAUUCCAGGAGAUGAGGGGGUGGAGAUAACAGAACUUUUGUUAGAUGCUCUAGCUGAUCCUGAUGCCAGAGCUGCAGAGGAUGAUUCUUUUCUGAAUAAAACAUUGGAGGAUGAAUGGUCAAAAGAUCCUAUAUCAUUUGAGUCCAGACAGCUACUUGGUGGUAGAACAGCAUUGCACAUUGCUUGUGCCAGGGAUGAUAACUAUAAGAAUGCCAGCAGAGUCAUUAGACUUUUACUAGAUCAUAAAGCAAAUACCACUCUAAUUUGUAAUGGAUACUCUCCCCUUGCACUGGCUAUUGCAAGUGGCAAUGAUCUUGCCAUUGAUGAGCUCUUAUCGUAUGGAGCUGACCCAAGUCUGCCAUUAACCCAUGGAGUUGGCAGUGCAUUAUGUGUGGCUAAUAAUCCAGAAUUUGAGCACAGAAGGACAAUACAAGCAAGAUUACAACUAGUGGACAAACUUAUAAAAGCUGGAGCCGAUCUUUUAGCCCCAAUUGCCAUUGGACCAAAGAGAAUAAUUGGAACUGCAGUAGAUUAUGCAUACUAUAUGUUUAGUCAGGAUCGUAGAAUUGCUCACAUGCCUUAUCACGCCCUCACCCCUGCUGAGCGGGACACUUACAAUGCACGAAAAAGGCUUCUUGCUCAUGUAGGGGAUAUAAUGCGAGUCAAAGCAGUUGAGAGAGAGAAGCAGAGAAUAGCUGAUGAGGAAAAAGUUGGUGUAAGAAGUCAAAGUGCAAGCACUAAUUUUGUUUACAUUGGAGCUGGUGCUAAACUACCACCAGGAGUUAAAUCUAGGUCUGCAGCUUUAGUCGGUCAAGGACAGGUCAAGUUUGAGGCAUCUGCCCUAGAUGGGGAGGGAACUGAAUCUCCAACUAGGUCAGGCAUUAAAGCUUGGGGUAAUGUGAACGCCAAACAACUAUCAAAUUCUACACAUAGUCGCUCAAAAAUGCCUAUGAGAAAACCUCUAUUUAAAUAUUGCUAUGAGUGUGGCCGAUCUGUUGGUGUUCGUCUUGUAGCCUGCACCAGGUGUAAGGAAGUUUACUACUGUAGCAAAGCUUGUAAGAUAAAAGCAUGGAAUGCCAGACAUAAAGAAGAAUGCAUUCGAGUUGGAGGUCGAUCAAGAAGCCCAAGCCCCAAACAUAGAACUGAUAGUCCAACAUCUACUACAGUAGCUAACAAGGGGAAACAAACAGCUGCAUCUAAUAAAAUACUUGGUUCAAGUAACAGCAGCAGAAGUAGAAAAAGGGAGCUGUCAUCCAUCAGUCUACCUUCACUAACCAGUGGCCAGUUUGACAAAUACUUUGACUCUGAGCAAGACAUUGAUCAAAUUGAUAGCCAAAAUGUUUCUGAAGCCAAAAGUGGAGAAACAUUUCAUCAAACUAAGAAAGCAAACAAGAAAGUGUCAAAAAAUACACCCAAAAAACAUAUUUUAACAAAGCAGAAUGAUAAUUUACCACAGAUCAAUUAUAAUAAUAUAUCUUUAAAGAAAUCCAAAGCAUUUACAAACCAACUAAACAAAAAAGAAAGACAAGACAGACUCAAACUGCCACAAAUUCAACACCAGACUUUUCUAAGGAAAUUUGUUCCAGUUAAAGGUCUCAGUAAAAGUGCAGAAAGUCAAAGGAGGCUUGCCAAACAUAAAUUUCGUACAGGAAGUCCACCAAAUUAUGAAUAUGUUUUCAUUGACAAUUACAGCCACAACUGAUUUAAUCAUUAUGUCAGGAAGAUACACAAUUACUCUAUACUAAAUACAUGUUCAGUCAGUGAUUAAUUAAAAUAUAAUUUCCUUCAAUAAAUUCCUUUUAUUUUUUUUUCUAGAAUUUUUGGGUUUUCAGAACCGUAAAGGUUUGAUAGUUAUCAGACUUUGUAAAAUCCUUAAACUUUUAGUCAUUUUCAGUGUUUCUUAACUUUGAUUGUGUUUACUCUUUGAGUUCAAUGGGAUAGAAAUAUAUCAAAUCAUAUGCAAUGCAAAUAAGUUUUACGCAUAUAAACUGUCAAAAUGUAUUAACAAUAUUUGGAAACAAAAAGUUCAGUAGUUUUUAUUUGGGUCUUGAGUCAAUGUCCUGCAGUCUUUAUAAGAAAAUAGCUUUAGAAAUGCCAUGCUAAGAAAGAAUUGGUAUGAAAUAAAAGUUAUCAAAAUAUUUCUAGCUACAAGAAAAAUUAUCCAACCCUAAAUUGUUUUAAUGCCCCAAAGAGAAGUCUAAAAAAUGUAGCUAUAUAACUGUUUUUAGUUUUUUUUGUUUAUUUGGUGUUAAUAAUAAGAAGAAUUUUUACUUAAUUUGAAAACUUAAUUUGUUGUAAAUAAUCAACCAAUGUGAAAACCUUUUGCUUUUAUUUCAUGUUAUGAACAAAUAGAAGCAGUGAAUGAAGGUGAAGCAAUAUGAGAAGAAGAAAGAAGUGUUAAAAUAUAUUCUAUAUCCAUUAUAAUAUUAUCAUUGUUUGCUAAAUUAUGCUUGAUAUUAUUUUGUUAGUUAUGAUGGCUUAUAGACAAUAUAUAGAAAGCUUAUUGCAUUAGCAUGCAUUUGUCAGCAGAAGUUAAAUUUCAUUUUACUAUGACCUUUUGUAUUUCUACUUAAAUGGCCACAACGCUUAAAUCCCUUUUUAGACUUAAUUCUUAUUACCGGUACUUUAAAGAAUAUUUUAUUUCAGCCAACAUUGACAAGUUCUUCUUGUUGCACAUGUAAAAAAAUGUAAGUCAAGCCUGAGAACAAGAAAAAAUUUAGAAGUUAUAAGAUACUAAGAUUUUUUCUUUAUGAAUAGGUACAGCUGUAUAUGCAUUGACAUUAACAUAAUGAAUGAUAAGCUUUUGUUUAUAAAUGUUUAACUAGUGACAAUUCAUUAAGUGUUUAUUAUUGUUUUUAUGUGAGAUGCCAUAUUUGGGCCAUAUUUAUAUAUUUGGUUAUACAAUAAACUUGUUUGUAAAAGUAA